AUGGAGCGCCUGGUGCUGGGCUUGGUGCUGCUGGCGGCGGGCAGCCCCCUGCCGCUGUCCUCCUCCAUCCAGGAGGUGGCCAUGGACAUGGCCCCCGCCUCCUUCGACGACCGCUACGAGGGCUGCAGCCACCUGAUGGAGCGGGAGCUGCCGGAGCUCAACCGCACCGAGUUCGGCACCAACGGCCUCUACGCCGAGGCCUGGAGCCGGGCGGCCGAGGCCUGGAGGCAGCGGCGCGUCCCGCGGGCAGCGGGGCUGCGGCCGGAGCACGCGGUCGCGCUCCUGGCGUACACCAUGGAGGGGCCCCUGUACGCGGCCUUCAACGCGGCUGUGCGCGAGGCCGGGGGCUCACGGCAGCGCUACCUGCACGGCUUCCCCUUCAAGGCGCUGCACUUCCUGCUGAGCCAGGCGCUGAGCACCCUGCGGGGCGCCGGGGACCGCGGCCGCUGCCGCCGCGUGUUCCGGGGCGUGCGCGCCGUGCGCUUCACCGCGAGGCGCGGGCAGAGCGUGCGCUUCGGGCACUUCACCUCCAGCUCCCUGCGCAACGGCAGCAGCUUCGGCUGCGACACCUUCUUCACGGUGCACACCUGCUGCGGGGUCCCCAUCCGCGACUUCUCCUCGUACCCCGCCGAGGAGGAGGUCCUCAUCCCGCCCUCCGAGGUCUUCCAGGUCACCGGCUUCUCCCGCACCGGGCGCGGGUCCCUCAUCCAGCUCCGCUCCCAGGGCGCCAACAGCACCUACAACUGCGAGCUGGUGAAAGAGAAGCGCUGCGGUUCCGCCCCUUGCUCCUUCCGCGCGGCCGAGCCCGGACCCCACCGCUGCGGAGCGACCUCGGCCGGGGCCCCCCCCGGCAGCAGCGCCGCUUGGGGGCUCCUCCUGGCAGCGCUGGCGGCCGCGGGGCGCCCCUGAACCGCGAGGAGCCGGGAC